UCAGCAGCCCCUCGGCACGGCUGGAGGUGGUCGGCGUUGUUGUUUUUUUUGGCCGUGUUUUCUUUGUUUUUGGGUUUUGUUAAUGUGUUUGUUUGACCGCCCGACGCUUGGAGAUGUUUUCGGGGGUGACGUCGGCGCGACGGUGUGUGGGGGCGAGUCCGCGUGCCGUCGCUAGGUCGAGUAGCGGAUGGAGCCGCCAAAGUUUCCCUGCCGUAGAGUAAACACACGCGAGUGUGUGUGAGGGAGUGUGUGUGCGUGUGUUUGAGGGAGUGUGUGAGGGAGUGAGUUGUGAAAUAAGGUUAAGCUGUAGUAUUUUAUCCAGCCAGCUACGAGCUGGUGCCUCCAGUGACUCAGCCUGUCGGUCCACGGAGCUCUCAGCGCCCCUUCGCCUCUCCUUCCCCAGCCUACCCUUCACACUACCCGGUCUCCCAGCUGAGGCGAUGCCGCUGUGUGUGGAAGCUGCUUUGGGGAGCAGCUAAAGCUGCUGAAGCUCGUCUGGAGCUGCUCGUCCACGUCGCUCAACUCCUACACUCUUGCCAUUAUUAUUAUUUGCCCCCAGGGACGUGCAGGAAACCCCGGGCUGGAGCAGAGCGCUGUGUUGUGCUUCAGGACUUUACUAGGAAGGAGCUUUCCUUGGAAUCUUGUUCUCAAUCCUUGGAGAACGAGGAAGAGGAGGAGGCAUCUCAGGAGGUUCUUCAGCACGACUAACUACUAACUUACCCAGCUAAAUAAUCACCUAGAUGAGGUCAUCUCACACCUGACAGAAAGCUGCCGUGCAGAGGGAACUUGGUCCUCGCAUCAGGACUUCCUGUUUCAGUGACCUCCACCCUCUCUGAUGGAGCUCCGACUGGCCUCCUUGCUGCUCUCCACGCUGCUGACCCUCCUGACCUCUGAGGUGACACCGUCCCUAGGACAGAAGGUUUACACCAACACAUGGGCCGUCCACAUCACUGGCGGAGAGGAGGAAGCAAACAGGCUAGCCAGAAAACAUGACUUCAUUAACCACGGCAAUAUAUUUGGAGAUUACUAUCAUUUCCGGCACCGCAGGGUGGUGAAGAGGUCUUUAUCGGAACACAGAGGAACGCACAUUCGCCUGCACAGAGAACCCCAGGUAUCAUGGGCAGAGCAGCAGGUGGUGAAACGGAGGAAGAAGAGGGAUAUUUACUCCGAGCCGGCCGACCCAAAGUUUGCACAGCAGUGGUACCUGUACAACAGCAACCAUCGUGACCUCAACGUGAAGGAGGCCUGGAAGCAAGGUGUCACUGGAAAGGGUGUGGUGGUGUCCAUAUUGGAUGAUGGGAUUGAGAUGAACCAUCCUGACCUUGAACGGAAUUACGAUCCAGAUGCCAGCUAUGACGUAAAUGAUGGUGACCCAGACCCUCAGCCUAGAUACACUCAGCUCAAUGAUAACAGACAUGGGACACGAUGUGCUGGAGAAGUUGCUGCUGUUGCCAACAAUGACAUCUGUGGGGUGGGGGUGGCCUACAACGCAAAGAUUGGAGGAGUGCGCAUGCUGGACGGAGAGGUGACCGAUGCUGUGGAGGCUCAGUCUCUCAGCCUCAACCCUCAGCACAUUGACAUUUACAGUGCCAGCUGGGGACCGGAGGAUGAUGGGAAGACUGUGGAUGGACCUGCCAAGUUGGCCAAAGAUGCCUUUCUACGAGGAGUGACUGAGGGUCGUGGUGGGCUCGGCUCCAUCUUCGUGUGGGCGUCGGGUAACGGCGGCCGGGAGAAGGACAGCUGCAACUGUGACGGUUACACCAACAGCAUCUACACCCUCUCCAUCAGCAGCAGCACGCAGUACGGAAACGUGCCGUGGUACAGCGAGGCCUGCUCCUCCACCCUCGCCACCACCUACAGCAGCGGAGGCCUAAACGAGAAGCAGAUUAUCACUACAGAUCUCAGACAGAAGUGCACAGACUCUCACACAGGCACCUCCGCCUCAGCACCGCUGGCUGCAGGCAUCAUCGCCCUCGCGCUGGAGGCCAACAAAAACCUGACGUGGAGGGAUAUGCAGCACCUGGUCGUGAGGACGUCCAACCCAGCCCACCUAACCACAGACGACUGGAGGACCAAUGGGGUCGGCCGUAAAGUAAGCCACUCAUACGGCUAUGGCCUCCUGGAUGCUGCCGCUAUCGUGGCUCUGGCCAAGAACUGGACCAACGUCGGCCCUCAGCAGAAGUGUGUCCUCUCCCUGGUGUCCGAGCCCAAGAACAUUGGGAGCCACCUGGUGAUCUCCAAGAACGUGGAUUCAUGUGCAGGGAAGCCCAACUUUGUGAGCUCUCUGGAGCAUGCUCAAGCCCAGCUCACGCUGUCCUACAACCGGAGAGGAAACCUGGCCAUCUACCUGAUCAGCCCACAGGGCACCCGCUCCACCCUGCUGGCUGGGAGACCUCAUGACUAUUCCUCUGAAGGCUUCAACGACUGGGCCUUCAUGACCACUCACUCUUGGGACGAGGACCCUCGUGGCGAGUGGACCCUGGAGAUUGAAAAUAAGGCUGGACUCAGCGACUUCGGCACCCUCACUCAGUUCACCCUGAUUCUCUACGGCACUGCGUCCUCCUCCGGUGGCCCGUCCACUGCAGACUCCAGCCAGACCACGGAUGGAAGUUGUAAGACCUACGACCUCAAUCAGAUAUGUACAGAAUGCAACCCAGGCUUCUACCUGUUCCAGAAGGGCUGUGUGCAGGAAUGUCCCACAGGCUACGCGCCGGUAACCACCUCCUCAAACCCCUUCGACAACAAGGUGAAUUCCGUCCUCCACCCCAUCUGCCUGUCCUGCCACUCCCUCUGCCUGACCUGCAGCGGCACAGGCCCGCAGGACUGCCUCUCCUGCCCCCCUCACAGCCACCUGGACCCCGUCAGCAACACCUGCCUGCACCAGAACCAGAUCCAGCGCGAGUCGCCCGACGGCGGCCUGGAUCAGCAGGUCACGGGGGUCUUGUCCGGGAUCCUCCGAUCGCAGCACUCUUCCAGCCUGCCUGCCGUCAUGGCAGUGCUCAGCUGUGCCUUCAUCAUGGCCACCUUCGUGGGUGUGUUCGGACUGCUCCAGUGGCGUUCCCGCGGCCUGAACAAACUGUACUCAACCGACACCAGACCGGGAUCCAUCAUGCGCUCGGGAUUCGGCCUGGGCCACAGCGGAAUCGUGUCCUACAAGGGCAUCCCUAGCGUGUGGCACGAGGACGGCUUCAACUCGGAGUCCGACAACGACGAGUUUGAUGUACACAACGAGAGGACUGCCUUUAUCAAAACACAAAGUGCUCUUUAACCCUUUCCCAACCACCCAGUUUCCCUUCUAGCCUCUCCUUGACAACAACUUUGGCUGUCCCACCUUUCCUUACCUUUUUCUUUACUACUUUUUUACGUAGUCACGGUCACAGUUUUCCUUCACGGGUUUGACUCUCCUGCUUUUUUUUUUUUUUAAUCGUGGUGCACUGACCUGACAUUUCCCAGCAAGCAUUACAUGUUUUAUGGUUAGCAUUUGUGCUGUUCAAAAAGGAAGAUCAAAAAGACCAAAAGAACCAGAGUGGCUAGAUGUUCUUUAAAACAUGUCCAGUCUUGAUUCAGUAUCUGUGGAAGAAUGACAAAGCCAAUUUAAGAGAGAGAGAGAAAGAAAAAGUAAGAGACACGCCAUCCUAAUGCUGGUUGGUGUUUGUUGGUAAAUGUUGAGUCAGUGCUCUCUCUGGGCUUCUAGGUUCGGGGUUUGAUCUUGCUAUUUAUUACUUUUCUUUGUUUUGUUUUUUUUCUCUUUCUAUUAUUUUUGGUGAGCUGAGCUGAACAGAAGGUCAGGACCGCUCUGAGUUCCACACCUGUUCCCACCCACCUUUACUCUAAUCACCUGUCCGGCUCACUCGUCUGUGCCUCUCUAUGUAAGCCUCCAACACUUGAAUGGCUGGAAUAAAAGUAACUGGGAAGAGUCGCAGGUUGUUGCAGUUCGCCAGCAGGGCUCUUAAAAAAAAAAAAAAAAAAAAAGAGACAAAAAAAACACAAUAAACACAUGAUGGUUGGUUAGUGUCCCCUCCUUCUUCAUUUAAAUUUAGCCCCAUUGCCCAAUGAGAUUAAAGAUAAGAGAAUUAACUUUCUUAUUAACGUCAUAACUGGGGGAAUAAAAGGGUGCCGAGUGAAGUUGUUGAUAAGUUAAUCAGAGGUGAUUCAUUUAUAGUGAAAUGUAUCACAGGUGAUUCAGUUCUAGUGAUAUGAAUCACAGUAGUGGGGCAUAUUUCCUGAAUUGGAUCUUAAGUCUUGCCUAUGCUGAGGGUCUUUCUUCUUCUUUUUUCUUUUUUAAAACGUUCAUUCUUUUGCAAUUCGUACAAUUUGUAGUCUUCAUGAGAUUGGCAUGCAUGUCACACUCACACGGAAAUCUAGCACAGAGUCUGAGUGUGAUGCUCCCACAGAGCAUUUUAAAUGCUGAUCUCUUGUGAGUUUUAUUUUUUUUCUUCUUUGCUUUUUUUCUUAAUAUGCUGAAGGCAGUUUAAACUGCAGUAACCUCAUGCUCUCUCACUGACUCCCUGUAAGGGAGUUGUCUCCGUUCACUCUGGCAGCCGCUCCGAGCUCAUUCGCCAGCGUUGCUCAGAGCUGAAGACUUUUGCAAUUCCUAUUUUGCUGGUAAAGCUUUGGGGGAAAGUAGGAGAGUGUAGAAGAAUUAAAACACUAGCAGAGCUGACAGAGUUCGCCUGGAGGAGAUUGAGAUGUUGAGAUGAGGCACUUUACAGUCUUUACUUUUCUAUUCCUUUUUAAGUUUGUUUGAUAGACAUGCUGAGAUUUUUUUCUUAUGGGGGAGGGAUUUUCUUUAGUUUUAAGUGUUUAAGUGACUUUUUAUGCGAAGAACUACAAGGGCUUUAGUGAAGCUUUGACUAUAUUUGGACAUUUUUAAUGCAGCUGUUUGGAGAUGAGCGAAGAGAUUAUCACUUUAGAUCUGGGUGGAUAAGUGGAAUGAAUUCAUUUGUCAUGUUCAUAAUACUCAUCAUCUCUGUUUCAGUUGCUGUGUUUUUGAUCAAGGUAUUGGGGGGUACUCUCAAACAGAGUAAAAACCUUUUCACACAGUGUCUUUUUUUUUUUUUAAACAAAGCGAAACCACCAAUUUUGAAUAUUUUGUAGGCUGGCAAGAGCUUAUUAGUGAUAGAACCUACUGUAUUUUUCGCACUAUAAGGCUCACCGGAUUAUAAGAUGCACUAUCAAUGAGCGUCUAUUUUCUGGUCUAUUUUUUAUACAUAAGGCGCACUGAAUUAUAAGGCACAUUAUGCGACACUAGUAAGGAAUAUGAGUGUCGCCAUGUUUUCCUUCUAAUUCAGCGGGUCUGGCUUCUGGGUAUUGGUGGUGGGUUAUCGAAGUUGAGUAAAGCUAAGCUAAUUAAACAAAACUGUAAUUCUAAAACAAAAAAUCAUUUUCAGUCAAACAAGCACCGGAUGUUAUUCUACGCAGAUUUCUCUCUUUAAACGGUUUAUUUGGGUGAGUAAAGCGCUUUCGUUUACUUACAGUAAGCUUAGAUUUCAAGAUUUACACUAAGGCUGGGUGCAGCACCAUUAGCAUUAGCAGCUAACUGCUAGCACUACGACCACGCUACACUAAGAAACCCUGAUUGUUCUGGUAAGACAGGGCGAUUCUAGCCAGAGGUUUGUUCCACGUAGCUUGUUUUAACAUAGUAAAUGUGCAGACUACAGUUUGAUAUACUCACCUCUGAAUGUCGAAAGAGUUAGCAAUUAGCGCAGUUAGCGGCUAAUGUUAAUACUGCUCCAGCUUCGGUGCUAAAGAGAAACUUCACUAAAACUCCUUUUUAAUUCUGCACUUCUGCGGAGUGGCUUUACUGCUCUUUAAGACCUGAGUGGUAGAAUUCAUAAAUAUGGCGCACCGGUUUGUAAGGUGUACUGAUGUUUUUGGGGAAAAUUAAAGGAUUUGAAGUUCGUCUUAUAGUUCGAAAAAUAGUGGCUUGGUGAUUAGCAUGUUCACUUUUCAGCACUAGUUUCCUGAUCUAGGUGGAGGUUCCAUGUUUUCCCUGUGUCAAACAUGUAUAUCAAGCUCUUCUUCUACCAUAUUGUGGCUAUUUUAUUUGAUCUGCAGCCUUAAAUACGAAGCUAUGAUUGGUCGUUCUGAUUUUAACGCAUCCAACAAUGGCGAAAAAAAAAAUUAACAGGUUUUUAUUAAAAAAAAAUGUCGCAGUCAGUCAGUCUCAGACAUGAAUGUAACACUUAUAUAUAGCACAUUUUUGGACACCCAAUAAUGCUGUAUUAUCACAUUUUACACGCAACCAUUUCUCUAAGCUCUCUUUCAUGCGCACACACACCGAGUGUCAGCCAAUCGUGAACAGCAUACUCUGAAAUGGAAACAACUGUCCCUGGAAGAAAUUCAUGGGAGCAGAAACGGAGAUAACAUGGAAACUCCUCACAGAUAGGGACUUGAACCCAGGACUUCAGCGCUGGGAGGUGACUGCUAACCACUAACCACUGUUCGUUUUCAAAAAAAAAAAAAAAAAAAUUCAUCAUACUCUAUGUGAAAAGGCCUUAAACAGCAAAUGCCUGAUAUAUGGAUGAGAUGCGUUUGCUCAUAGAAAACCAAUGUAUAAAGACACGCAAGUUUUCUAUACAGUUUGUUUUAUAGUUUUACUGCAUUCAUUCAUCCAUUCACUCAUUUAACAGUAGCAUAACGUCUUCUAGCAGCAUUACACUAAGAGCAGUCUACAGGUCUACAGUGAAGGUCUGAAGGUCUCACACUUCUCUCCAAUAAGCAUUUAGAUGUGUGUUUUUCAGUCCUAGAUGCUCUAAAACACUGUCUUCUCUCUCUACACACACAGUCUGCUGUUGAGGAGGGCGAUACUACAAUAUAAAAUUUUCACAAUGCUGUUAUUGUUGUGAAGGAGCCGCGGCUGCCGUCUCCGCUGCUGGUGCUGUCGCUGGGCUCAGACUAUAUAGCAUAUUAAACAGCGGUCGUGUCACAUGACAUAACCGCCAUCUUUUAAAUAGUAUACCAUCAAUCAUUUUCUGUCAUGAUUCAGUUUUAUUUAUUGCUUUAUUUUUAUCUUCCUGGGCUGUGUUUGUGUGCUCAACCUUAAUUAUAGUGCCAAGGUUGGUGGAGCGGCUGGGUUUCAUAAGUCCAUAUCUACACAUAUUUAUGGCAGUUAAAUAUCUUGACUUAAUAAAUAGUGUGUUUAUUAAAUAUUUGCGGUUUAGGGAAUAGGGAAUAUGGCCUUUCCCUAUCUUUUAAAAGCUGAGAUGAUUCAAUCCUGCCUUGGGAAGAUUUAUUGAAUUUAUUGAUUUUAUUGAUUAAUUGAACCUUCAGAAUGGUUUACUCUUUUAUGAUUUUUAAAAUGUUUAUUUUUUUUUCUUUUCUUACCUCAAAUGAUUUUUUUCAUAUCUUAAUUUAAAUUUGUAUGUUUUUGGAAGGCAAUUUUGAUCCUUUUUUUAAUGUAAAUUUAUAUGUGUGUAUAUAUAUAUAUAUAUAUUCACUUCCUUUCUCGUAUUUUCUUUAUUCUUUUGCUGUUGUUUUUUUUUUCUUUUUUUCUAAUGUCAUUAUUUGUCCCUUUUCAGCAUAUGUUAACUCAGACCUAUAUACAGACCAUGUGACUGUACUUUAUAGAGAUCAGAAAAGAAGUCUGAGCUGAAUCCAUACGAAGUAAAUAUAAAAAGAAAGAACCAAAAAUUUGAUAAUUAUAUAUAACUUGUGUUUUACACCUAUGCCAGAAUGAAUCCUCCUGCAUUGAUGAUAUAGUCCAUGACAUCAUCGCUAGGUCACAGAGUAGAAUUCAGUUUAUAAAUAGGUAUUAAAAUGGAAAUAUCAAGGCUUAUAAAGCUCAUCAAUCCUCAGCUUUCUAAAUUUACCUCUAAAGCUUUUUGAAUUUUUAUACGCAAACAAAUUUAGUAAAAUUCUUGAUUACAAAAUAAUGCAUGAAACAUUAUUCUAAUAUUAAUUGGGUUACUGGGUAACUGGGUUUUUUCCAUCCUGACAGGAUAAAGAUAGACUAUAAUACUACUACAUUCUACUGUAUGAUAAGUAAAGCUUAUAAAAUAGGCCUGUUAAGCCUCUGUUGUUCGCCAGGGGGCGCUAUUGGAAAGUCUUUCCAUAGUCUCUAACUUUUUAAAAUAAUGCAGCCAAUAAACAGCAUGAGAGAGUCCUACUGUUAAUAUCAUCAGAGUCUUAGUAAAGUGCAAACAUCAGCCUUUAUAGAAACCAGGCUAGAAUAGAACAUCAGGUCAGAACUCCAGAAAUUUAACUCCAACUCAACUCUGACUCGCCUCUCCUCGUAUUAGAAAGCUGUUCUGGUUCUGUUCUUGGGUUGUGUGUUCUGGACUAGAGCUUUAGAUCUGGCCCAAAAAAUCUGUUAAAAAAUGUUCUGCCUGAGCCCGACCCAGCACAUCAUUAUGAGCUCGAGCCCGAUUUAAACCCCACAUUUUUUUAGUAAGUAGAGCGUUAAAACUGAGCUUCAGGCUGUUUAAAUGAGCAGAAUCUGUUCAGAAUGAUGUUAAUUAACAUUGCAACACUGAAGAAGCAUAGACCUGGUAUUUAUAAAAAUGUUUAUAAGAACAGCUGCACACAGCACUGCAAGUCACUUCUAACAUUCUAACUUGUGCACCUUUUUUAAACACAGUUUGAUUUGUGACUUUGCUGUAUUGUGAUGAUCAAACCAUAGCUUUAUAUAAAAUAAAAUUAGCAUAAAAAAAUCACCAGACCAUUUUUCUCAAACUGGCCAGAGAAAAGUGGUGGGAAAUCUCGGCCCAGCCCGAGUUCAGGUCGAGCAUCGGGUCGGGCUCAGGCAGAGAAUCUAAACUCUAUGCUGGACUAUGGAGGAAAUUAUGUUGCUAAAUUUAGUGUUUGUAGGACUGUGGAGCUUAGAGUGAGCAUAAAUAUUUCAAUCUGAAUUUUGUAUAUUUUAAUUAAAAUUGACCUGUUUUUGAAUAAACUUAAAAUGUUGAAGGGAGUAAUUGAUAAAUUCACUGUUUAAAACUGUGUUAAAAUAAACUUGGUGAAAUGUGUUGUUAAAAAAAAAACUUUUUAAAAUAUAAAUAAUAAUAUUCUAAGAUUUAAAAAAUUCAGUUGCAUACAUUUUCAGAUUUUUAGAUCAUAUAGAGUUGAAUUUAUGGAUCUGCAUUUUAUAAUCUAAAAAAAAAAUCGUAAUUCUUCUGAAUAUUUACAUGUACCACUAUUUUAUUUUACUGUUCAAAUGUAUACAUUACACCAAUUCCUUUUUUUUAGUGAAAAUAGUUAAUUCAAACAUACAAAAUUCAGAUUCAAAUACUUAUGUCACCUAUAGAACCUGAUCUUAGAACUUGUAGAAUAAAAUUUGUACUUGGAUUUUGCAUUUAAUAAUUUAAGAAAUAACUGAGAAAUAAAAUUUGGCACAACUUUACAUCUAAAAAAAGUCACUUCACACUAGACUUGCAAAUGAAGCACUUCCUGCUCCUCUCUGCUGACAACUUUUAUGGAGAUGCGGAUUUCAUUUUCCAGCAGGACUUGGCACACUGCCCACACUGCCAAAAGUACCAAUUGGUCUUAUUUAAUAUUCUAAUCUUCUGAGACACUGAUUUUUGGGUUUUAAUUGGCUGAAGCCACAAUCAACAAUAAAAGAAAUAAACGCUUAAAAUAGAUCACUCUGUGUGUAAUACGUCUCUAUAUUAUGAGUUUCACAUUUUGAACUGAAUUAAUUAAAUAAAGUAACUUUUUAAUGAUAUGCUAAUUUGUUGAGAUGCAGUAGUUCGUACACCAGUUCAAAGCUAUAAACUACUAUAGUUUACAAGUUCUCACAUAAAAAAAUAAAAAAUAAAAUGGAAGUACAGGCUGUAUUCUACAAGUUUUUAGAUCAGGUCCUACAAAUACUGAAUCUUUUCAACAUUAUUGUACAGCAGUGGUAAAUGUUGUGCACAGUGUGAAGAGCUGCUACAAAAACUAAUGCCAUAAAAGACCCACUUUUGUAAAAGUCAUGAGUGUGAAGAAUCUUUCCAUCAGCUUGUGCAAAUUUUAAAAAGGCUCUUUACACACACACACACACACACACACACACACAUCCUUCACACUUUCACAAAAGUGUAUCUUAUAUGGCAUUUCUUUUAAACCCUCUGUAGCACCUUUAUUUUCAGAGUGUGUUUUUUUGCACAGUGUGAUACAGAGCUGGCUCAUACGGGUUAGCUGGAGUAUUUCUUUUACAAUGAUUGUGAUUGGGCCGUUUUUUUUAUUCAAAAGGUCAAUAUAUCUCAAGCUAGUCCUAGAUUACUCCCAAUCCACCCCUCAAAUCCCCUUCCCCCCUCAAACCGGCCCAUCCUUACUCUUACUCUUCCAUGCUUCCAGCUCACAGCAUGUGCACAGUGUAUUGGUGCACACAGUCAGUGCUGGUGUAGUCAGACUAGUGUAAACUCCUGUUCAGAACAGGAACCUGAGGUUCUAGAUGACGGAUGCUUUGCUCCAAAGGGCUGAAUGUCUGCUUUUGUCUCUUUUUCUCCUCCUCCUCUGAGAAGAUAAGGGGGGUCCAUCUUUGAGUUUCACUCACAUCAAGCCUUUUUGGACAUUGCUGGACAUUUUGGACUCCGCCCAAUUCCAACAACUCUGAAUCGUUCCGUCGUCCGACGACUGCAGCAGCUAGUACCUUAGUAACAGAGACGUACGGUUUGAAAGACUGUAGUAUAUAACUGAGACAGGACAAUGACGUUAAUAUAAAAUAAGGCCUAUUUUUGUGGAUUGUCAUACAUGUAAUUUAAAGAUUUUGCCUUUUUUUAUUUUUUCUCCUUUAUUAUUUAAUUGAUGUCAAUACGCAGAUUAUAGAUUCUACAAAAAUAAAGAUCUAUGCAAAGUU